AUGGCGGCGCACUUCAAGCACAGUGCUACUGGUGGCUGCUUAAAGAAGAAACUUGACACUGGUAUCGAAAUUACUCAAAAUGAACCCCUCAAACAAAAUUCAGCUAGCAAUGAUUUGGUUUUCAAAAUCCAAAAGAAUGAGCCUUUCGCUGUUUCUUAUUCUGCUUAUGAGGAAACUGAACGAGAACACGUAGAAAUGUCAAAAUCCCUCAACGAUACUAACAAGGUUCUCCAGGCGGAGGUGAACAACAAUUCAGUAAAGUUGGUUCCAGAUGAAAACAUAAGUACAAAUAUAGCCAUGAAGAUCUUUUUUAAUGCAAUUUCGAAAGAAGAGGGUUCAUCAUCACCGAACGAAAAUGCUUCCUUUGCGAACAACGUUUCAGUAUUAGUGGCGGGAAACAGGCUGAAGUCUCCAGGUAGUUGUCCGCAGUCUGAAGCGAAAGAUGCCCCUUUCCAUUCUGGUACUUCCUCGCCACAAAAGCGCAGUAAAUCUGAUCCAUCCUUCAUCAUCACCACUUCAGCCCCUUCUACAUUUGUUAAAUCUGCACCUCUUGUUAGCAACUCAUCUGUGAUAGAGAGCGAAGGCUCGAAGCAAGAAAGCAGUUCAUUGCCGGACACUGCUCAAGAGAAGCUCAAUUCCGAAAUGUACAUCACGCAAAUGUCCGGUGUAACCCCGACUGCUCCAGGCAUCAAAAAAGAAUCGCAGCAGUUGAAUUACAGGGUUUCCACCUCUGUUGUCGAAAGCAGGAACUCUUCGAAGGAUUCGCAACAGCCAAUCAUCGAGGAGGAACAGAAAUGUCACUUGCCUAGCUCAGUUUACGGUACGUCAGCUUCCAAUAUUGAAAAAGUGCUCACGGGUCUCCAAGUGCCAGAAACGAGCAAGGACGGGUCUGUGAUGCUGGACUUUGGAAAAGUUAGCUUUUUGCAAGAAAUGCUAGAAAAGAAAUCCGGUGAAAGCAAAACGGCUGACUUGGGCGCUGAUAAAUCUCUGUGCAAAGAAGAGUCUCGCGUAGAUAAGUCAAAACCGUCGUUGGAACAAAAGUUUAACCCUUCGUGUGAAAAAUUUUCUUUCAUUACGUCUUUCCAAAAAGAUGAUCGCUCCAAUGUGAUUACGCCAAAUUGCAAUAAGUUAAAAUUACAUAUUCCCGAAUUCGUGAGCACUGAUGAUUCUAAUUCUUCGGUUUUGUCUGCUGAGUCGCAAAAAGUUGUGAAAUGUCCCAAAAUUACUAGUCCUCAAAUUUUAGAGCAGCACAUAAGCAAGAUCAUUUCGGAGAAUGCAGCUAUUGUUGAAACAUUAGAUCCUAUGUGGUCGCGCCGUUAUUUUAAGCAAAAUAGUGUAAAUACUUCUCCAAAUUCUGAUUGUGAAUCGAAAAAACAAGGUAUUUCCUUAAAAUUAAGUAACUGUAGUGACGAUAAAGCGACUAAUGUGUCGGGAUCCACCACUACUUCUAAAUUGCAAUCGGCUCUGUUAGGUGGAUCUUUAACAGAAUCGCUUCACGCAACUUCAAAAGGAUUAUUGUCUAACAAAACCUCUUCGCCAAACGAAAAGUCAUUCCCACUUUUAAAUGCCUCUCCUCCUUCUGUUAUUCCUAGUGUUAAUAUGUACUCAAAGAUUGUUUGUUCUGUUUCUGAAGAAGAAUUGAAAGGAAGUGCCAUUAAAAGUCUUUUAAGCUUGAAGCGAGGUCGGUAUACAAAACGCAAAAAUACGUCGACUUUGGAUCAGGCCUUUUACAGUCAAAGUCCUCAAAAUCCCGAAGGAAGCAUUAUUAAGGAUUUGCUUUUAAAAAGCAAGUCUAAAGAAGAAUCAAAGUUGCUUUUGGAUGUGAAUGACACAAAUCCUAUGACCUCCUCUUUUACAGUAGACGUAGAAGGUCAUUCAGACAAACUUUUUCAUCUCAGAUGUUCUUACUGUAGUUCAGAGUUUUUAGACAAGUAUAAUCUUGAUGUACAUCUCUCUUUUUGUAGAAAUUCAGGAACACAGCUGCAUACUCUCAGGGAUACUGCUGACAAAAGAAUCAAAACCACACACGCACAAAACAAGCAGUCACCGACUGAGUUCCAGUACAAAUUUGAUACGAAAGGACAAACUACUGAAUCCAGAUUUGAAUCUAUUUUAGAUAACGCGAAUGACGGUCCGAUUUUGAAAAAACAGUUACUCUUGCCUUUAUCGAAAAGUCCACCUCUGAAGAAGAGAAAAGUCUCUGACUCCGUAUUAUUGCCAUCGUUUUUCAAUGACAAGUCUCCCGAGCCAAUGAAUGGGAAGAGUGAUAUGUACAAGAACAUUUCCUCAAGCUCUUUUAGUGAUCUAACACUAUCUCCCCACAGGGGACGAUCGCAAAGUGUCCAUUUGUUUGGUGGCGAAGUGCAAGUCCUAGAUGGCUCUCAAACUAAAAGAAUUAAAAUUAAAACUAGUAUUCCUGGUGCCUUUUCAUCUUUGUCUAACACGAUUUCAGAAAGUUACGGCUCGAAAAAAUCCACUUCGCUCGAGGAACUCGAAAUGGACAAACGAGGUAGAAGUUUACCAGGCGUGAUUGUCACAAUUGCUCAACCCGUUCAUAACUCUGGAGGUACUGUCCAUUUGCCAAGUAGAUCAUCUUCUAGCGUAUCACCUGUUGUAUCGAUCCCUACAAACUUUUCAGAUAUUUCCAAGUUAGAAAAUUCUUUACGAACAGACUUCUCAGUCAUCUCUUCGAAUUUAGACUUGGUAAAAUCUCCGAACAAGAAAAAAGAAACCACUGUUUCGCCAAGCCAACCAUUUUCAUUUCUUCCUGGACCUGAUAGUAUUUGUCCUGGUACGAUAGGUUUUGAAAUUCCUACGUCUCAACCUUACGGGUUAGGUGUUUCGACAAUAAAUUACUCGGUCAGUGAAAUCUCAUCUUCUUUCAAAACUGCAAAAACCAAUUUUUAUUCUUCAAUCUUUUCAUCUGCACCAAAAUGCUUAGAGUUGCCAUUUUCUUCGUGCAAUGAGAAGGAAUCUGAAAGCAGUCCUGUUGUACCGACUGUCAUCUUUACCCCGAGCAGUCCAACGCAUUCGAAAAACGAAAAUGAAGCGCCAUCUUCUGAAAGCAUAUCACAGCCCAUGAAAAAAUUCCUUUCCCCAGCUAGACCAACAUCACUAUCUUUAAAAGAAAAACCCUUCACGAUGGUGGGAUCUACUUUAAUUAGCCCAGAGACACCCAGGCCGAAGAAAAGUUGCAUCCAACUCUAUCUCAACGGCCAUGCUUACACUUAUUUGGGAUUGAAGUGUUCCACCAGAUCAACCUAUUGUUGUAUUUACCGUCCACAACCCAUGUUCAUUCUACAAGAGACCAAUCCCAAACUUUCUAUGUAUUCAAAUUGGCAGGUAGUUCCCGCAAAGGAAGAACUGUCAGGAUCUACACCAGGACAGAUGAUUUCUUUGUAUUGCUCCAAGCAGAAAAGUAACAUGAAAUCUGUUAUGACUUUGGCCAAAUUAGGCGAGCCAUUAAUUUUCACGCACUCCAGUUAUUGGACUUUCCGAUCCAAAGAUCAGUCAGAGAAAAAUAGACUCUGUGCAACCGCUGAUACUAGUCAAGCUGAAGCUGAAGAAGAUUCUACAGAACAUCCGCAGGAAACUUCUGAACCACCAUCACAAAAAGAAGCAGUCCUUUCAUCGUUGAAUAAUACUUCUGAAAGUCAGGUGCUCUCCACAGACGACUCAAGUGCUCGUCCAGACACUGAUAACACGAUAUCAGAUGGAGAUGUAAACAACUCGGAUGAAGACGAUGACGAGGAUUGCCAAGAUGAUGGCACCGAUUCCAGCCAAGCAGUCCCGCCAAAGAGGGUGAAGAUCUUCGAAGGCGGUUUCAAGUCUAACGAGGAUUACACGUAUGUGCGGGGGAGGGGGAGGGGUAAGUAUGUGUGUGAGGAGUGUGGCAUCCGCUGCAAGAAGCCCAGCAUGCUAAAAAAGCACAUCAGGACUCAUACUGAUUUGCGACCCUACAAGUGCAAGCACUGCUCCUUCGCUUUCAAGACCAAGGGGAAUCUCACCAAGCAUAUGAAAUCAAAAGCUCACCACAAGAAAUGUACAGAGCUCGGCAUUGUCCCCGUUCCUACCACUACUGACGAUUCACAGAUUGAUGAAGAAGCGUUAGCUAAACAGGAACGGAUUGAGAAGAAAAAACCUCAAUUUUCUGAUGGUGAAGAUGCUGAUGAUGACGACGACGAUGAUGAUUCUGAUGAAAGUGAUGAUGAAUGUGAAAGUGAUACUAGUAGUAUGAUUAUAUCAAAUCAGAAGUCCAGAAUGCUGACAAACGGUCACAGCAAAAAAUCUGAAUCCCACGAGAAGCCGUGUGCCGACAGCUUCGACGACAGCACCCGAGGCAACGACUCUGUGUCACAACACUCUGUGGAGCAAGAGGCUGCGAGAAGUUUACUUCAUUUGUCGGCAAUCGGAGAACCUAGUCAGUGGUCCAAUAGCACUGGUGAUGUGACAGAUGUAACCUCCUCUGGUGAAACAGAAAUUGGAUCUUUGUCAUCACGUCAGGACCAGCCUCUUCUUUCUCCUCUGCAAUAUGCACCACUAACAAUGUCUCCAACACUUUCACCCUCUAUGCGUUCAAAGUUAGUUUCUGAUCAGUGGCUAUCUACAGAAAGUCUUGGACACAGGCCAAGAUCUUAUUCCGCUGACAUACCUAUGGGUGGAGGGAAAGAACUCCUGUCUAAAUAUCGACUGACCAAAGAAAUUACUUCUGGAGCUUCCAUGAAAAUGGACGAAUCUUUGGAAUUUGGCAACAGGGAACAGUAUGGAAGGCGAUAUUCUAUUUCUGUGGCAAGGGAAGCUCGUAAACCACGUAUCCUAAAUCCACCAGAAUGGGAUGGCCUCGGUUUUCCAUCUUCAAGCUCCCAUAAGUGGCCCAAUGCGGAAAAUUUGGACCAGCCUAUGGAUUUAAGUAUAUCCCGAGAUCUUGGCAAAUGUAAAUCUUUGUACGGUUUAAGGCUACCUUCAAAGAUUCAAUAUGAAACAGCUGCUGUUGUUGAUGAAGACACUCCACCAGUUGAUAUUGGUUCAGCCCUGGUAACUUUAGAUCCCUGCUUGGCUGAGCCCUUUCAGAUGAAAACUCUUCCUGCUUUGUCACCACAAAUGCUAGUAGACUAUGAUACGACUGUAGAUGGUAACUCUGAAAACCCUUUGAUUCCUGCAAUGGAAGAUCAAUCAUCAUAUGAGUCUGGAAACGCUUCAAGAUCAAUGUACUUUGUACAAGAUUCCGUUGCUUCAGAGCAGACUUUAGGUCGAAAAGAAGCUGAUGUUUCUGAAGAUCCACCUAGUCCUGAUAUAGAUUAUCCUGUAUCUCCACCAUCAUUGGAGGAUCAUUCUUACUUCUUCUCGCAGGAGGGUAUAAGACAAAGUAUAACUGCCCCAGAAGACAAUCCCUCAGCCCGCUUUCAUGCCGAAUUCAUAGUUCCAAGUGCAUCUUCCAACAUGGAGGAGGGUAAAUGCGUUUGUCGAAUAUGCAACAAAAUUUUUGCCAAAUCCAGUCACCUCAGAUUGCACGUGAACAUACACUAUUUCGAAAGACCCUUCCGCUGUGAUAAUUGUGCUGUGUCUUUCCGUACUAAAGGUCACCUUCAGAAGCACAAGCGUUCCGUAAGUCACUAUAACAAAGUCAACAUGAACUUGACUUUCGGUACUCCAACUGUUGACAAUCCCAGGCCAUUCAAGUGUGCAGAUUGCAAGAUUGCUUUCCGUAUCCACGGCCACCUGGCGAAGCAUUUGCGGUCGAAGAUGCACAUCAUGAAGCUGGAGUGUCUGGGGAAGUUACCGUUUGGAAUGUAUGCCGAAAUGGAACGUUCUGGAGUAAGCUUGAACGAGAUUGACACGACGGAUUGUAACAACUCUCUGGAAAGCCUUCAAGUCAUGGCUCAAAAGCUGUACCAGAGAGACCCGCGGAGAAUGAGGUGGCAAGGACCGGAACACAUAGGUGUGGAAAGUGACUCUACAGUAUCUGCAGCACUCAGUCCCCCUGGCAUGGCCAUCAGUGCGCCUGUUGCUGCAAAUUUCAAUCCCACUCUCAACACACUCAGUAUUCCAACACCUGCCAUAAUAAGUUCAAAGCAAGUUACUGAUUCUGGUGAAGUGAAACAAGAACCUCCAGAAUCUGAAGCACUUCGUGUGCCUGCCAUUUCGCACUCGGAAGAAAAAACAGUGGUCUCGCCAACGUUGAAAAAUGUUCCCUCUUACGUGAAUUCAGAUGUUCAACAUCGAAUAGAAGGACAAGAGACCGAGUCCUCUGUGUCUUUGCAUCGUUCGGGUACAUGCCAUAUAUGUGGUCGGCUCUUCAAAAGUGCGAAAUUUCUUCAAGUUCACUUGUACUGUGAUCAUCCGACUUGGAACCCUUCAUCUGUUGGUGAGGUUGCUCCAACUAGCAGUUCAACUCAGAGUACCACGCCAAUGCAAUUUGUUUGUGAUCUCUGUGGGAAGCAGUUCACAAAUCAAAAACUGAUGCAACAACAUGUCUUGACCCAUGCUCAGCCUCGGCCAUUCGUAUGUGAGAUCUGUGAUGCUGGUUUCACUUCAUCUUCUUCUCUCAUUUCACAUCAAUCAACUCAUCAAGCCAGUUCAUCCAGUUCUUCGAUAGCAAAAGCAAGAGGGAAAGAUAACCGCUGGGAGUUCCAAUUUUGGACUAUCACUCCGUGGUCUGAUUUGGGUGAGAGACUGCACAUCUAG